AUGUUUGCUACUUCAAAGAAUAAUCGUAAAGGAUUAAGAGCAACACCCCAUAUGGUCAACGCAUUAGACCACCAAAUUCCUUUUGUUAAAUUAUGUCAGACAGCAUAUAGUUAUCAUAAAAAAACCAAACAAUUUAUUUAUACUUUACAAAAUUAUUUUAGUUCUUUAGAAGUUAAAUACUAUGAAACAUUAAGAUUAGAAAAUGGAGAUAAUGAAUGUGUUGAACUCAAUGAUGAACAUGAAAUUCCACAAGAAGGAAUCAUAGAUGUUAUCGGUUGGGUUGAUAAUAAUAGAAAGAAUAGUCAAGUGUUCUUUAUUAAAAAUGAAUGUAAAUCUCUUAUAAUUCAAUACCAAUCAUUUUCAACAAAUAUUAUUUAUAAUCAUGUCACAAGGGUAUCUGAUUUAGUUCAUUUUUAUUUUCAAUUACUUGUUCAUAUGGGUGUUAUUAAAGAUGUUAUUACAUCUCGUAAUUGGAUGCAAUACGGACUUAAAAUUAUUGACCAAAAGAAAAGAGUAAAAAUUCUUCGUGGAAGUAGUUUAAUUUGGGGAAUGUUAAAUGAGAAAACAGUUCUUAAAUUUGAAAGAAUUAUGAAAUUCACAGAUUAUAAUAUAGAAAGUCAUUCAAGCUCAGAAAUUGUUGAUGAAAUAGAAGUAGAUUAUAUUAUAAAUAAUUCAAAUGAAAAUCAUGGAGUUUUAUGUUGUGUAAUGAUUCAAAACACACAAACAUUUGAAACAAUGAUUGAUAAAAAUUGGAGUUGUAGUGAAUUAAAAUCAUUCAUUUUUAAAUUAGGGGAAAUUAAUGAUCAAAACUUAAAAUUAUAUAAAAGAAAAGGACUGUAUCAAUUAACUGAAAUGAAAGAAUGUGAUAAAGUAAGUGAAUAUAUUGAAACAGACAAUGUUCUUUGUAUAGAUAUUACUCAACCAUCAAAAGAUGUUUUUCUUAUGGCUGGAAGAAUUUCAUUUAAUGAAAUAUCAUUAAAAUCACUGAUUCAAGUAAAUGUUUAUCUGUUAAAUGAAACACCUAAAUAUGUUAGUUGUCCAGUAAUUAAUACAUUUAAUAUUUUACUUACUUCAACAUUAACAAUUAAAGAUAUAAUAACAGAAUUAUGUCCAGAUCAAGAUUGUUGUGUAUUUAUUCAUAUUAAUGGUAAUAUUAGUUAUUUAACGAUUUAUGACACUGUAUUAGUUGAAAGUGAAAUUACUAAAAUAGGUAUUAUUAAAACUAAGAAUUUCCCUUUUCUCCUUUCUAGACUUAAACAUCCUAAAACAUAUAAAGUGAUUACAUCACUUCUUCCUAAUGAACAAAUGUUAUAUAUUGAACAUAAUCUCUUUAUUACAAAUUAUCAAACAUUAAUUUGGAAUAAUAACUCAUUUAUUAAAAUUCCUCAUUGUUCCGUAUGUAACUGUGUUAUAUGUACAAUUAAUGAGAAUUUAGAUAUCUUUUCUUUCUUAUUAAAAGACUUUAGAUUAAUAAUUUAUGAAGUGAACACUAUAUUAACCCCAAGAUUACUUCAUAUUUAUUCAGAAAAUAAAUUAUUAUUUCCAAGAGAUAAAAAAGAAAUAUUUGUUUUUAGAACUCCUGAUAUUAUUGUUAGUAAACAUUUUUCAUCAUCCUAUGAUAUAUUAAAUGAUUUUAAAAGAAUGGGAGUAAUUGGUAAUCCAAAUUUUAUGGUUGCAGUUAAUCUUUCUAAAAUACAAAAUAGAAAUAACUUAUAUUUAACUUUUAGAUGUGAGACAUAUCCUUCUAAAAUUAUUCUUCCUAAUGGAAAAUAUGAUUUAAAUUCACUUGUUAAUUAUCGAGCUAAAGGAAGAUUUCCAGUGAUAUCAUGGGUAGGUCCAAUGAACCAAUGUCUUUCUAGAAGUGCUCAACCUCUUCCAGGAACUUUUGGACAAAUCAAAUGUGAAUCUGAUGUAUCUAUUCUUCAAGCUAUGAUGGAAUUAUGUGGAAAAAAAACAUUCUUUGUAUAUGAUGCAAGACCAAAAUUAAAUACAAAAGCAACAAGGUUCCAAGGAGGUGGAAUGGAGAUAAAUCAAAACGGAUACCGUAAUAACUUAGAAACAAUAAGUGAUAAGGCAACAUCUCCAAUAUUCUUUCAAUUUUUAGAAGCAGUUCAUCAUUUAAUGAAAAAUAAUUCAACAGUAUUCCAAUUUAAUGAAGAGUUUUUAAUAUUCAUUGCUGAUAGUUUAUAUGAUGGUCGUUUUACUACAUUUUUUGAAAACACAAUUAAGACAGAAGAUAUAAAUCCAAGAAAUAGUCUAUAUGAAUAUAUUUUAGACCAUAUGACUGAUUUUAUUAAUUCAAAUUACAAAGGAGGUUCAACAACAUUCUUUCCAAUAUUUGAUAUGAGUGAAUUUAGUGUAUGGAGUGAAUAUUAUUUCAGGAAUGCUUCAAAUAUUCUUAGAGUGCCUCAAACAUCCAAAUAA